CCCUCACGCUGAACCGGAAGAACUUGUCGUACGAUCUCCCACUGCCCGAUCAUCACACCAUUUCAGGUCUACAGAAAAUGGCGGAUAGUCUGACGAAUACCUGAGUGUAACCACUCUCCUUUUGUACACAGGGUCCUUUUGUAGUGGCUUUGAGGUUGUAGGAUAGUCUGGUGUACGGAAAAGGGCACUGCUGCAGUAGUAUAUGGGAUAGAUCUAGAUAUUAUUAAGCACGGAAAAUGGAUACGGACAACAACCAACGGUCAGAAAAACAAGGCCUCCUCGUGACGCUGUCCGACACGGAGAGCUUGAGUAGCGCUGCUGAGUCUGCAGCUGAAGACAACGGUGACGAAAGGUCUCGGCUCCUCCCGAGCAGACGAGUCGGAGCUGCACGUGGGAUGCUGAGCAAAGGAAGAAUCGAAGAGGAGACGCCAGCCCUUCGCGAAGCUUACCUCAACACGUCAUUUCCGGAAGACGCGGACGACGAUUCAGACAGCGCUACCGCAGAAACAACAGGCAGUGCCGGGCCGACCGUGUCGUUUAAACGUCAGAAGUCGCCAUUACACGGGAAUAAGUCAGCAAAGGGUGACACUGGUGAACAAACUGAAUCCCCAGAAUGUCAGUCUAAAGUUUUAGAUAUUUCCGAAAAGACAAAAGAAGCGACGGACGAGGCAGAUGGCCCAAAAGACCUUCCAACAAUAUCGACUAUGGAAGGAACCGCCGCCUUGACCGAUUUGGAGCAGAAAUGCCUUUUCCCACACAGCGAGGGUAGUCCCCCAAAGGAUGAUACUUUACUAACAAUCGACAACUUAGAGGGGCCAAACAAACAAGCUGCCUACUCAACCGAGAAUGUUUACAAACCUGGGGCCAAGCAGGUCAAAGGUGAAAACACAACAGAGGGCGAUUUCCACGAUAACCCACAGGUGGGACAAUCCGCCAAGCCUUCCGUAGACAAGGACGAUGACCUGAUCGAGAAAGAAGCGACACCUCUUCUCCCGGCAGAAGAAAAGCCGUUGGUGUAUCCAAAAGCAGGUGAAUUUCAAGUCGGGCAGGCUGGCGGUGCAAAGGGGUUCACGAACGACGAGCCUCUGACGAUGGCGACCCAGGGUGGCGAGGACAGCUUACCAUCACUGGGCGUGCCAAGGCUGAGAACUCAGCGCAGCGGAGUCAGUGCCGAAGGGGAAGGUACGGUUGUAUUAGAAGAUGACAACGGACAACUGGCUUACUACGAGACGGCAGUGGCUGACGAGUAUGGCUACUUGCACAAACAUGGAUUCCCUCUUCUCAAGGAGACAAGCAAGACACUCACCAUUAACAAUCCUACACUCAAGCAGACAUCCUCGAGUUACAAGAAGAAUGAUCCCACCAUACGCGAGGGCGAAUAUCUCCUGAUUAAUCCUGGUCUGGACCUCAAGCAUGUACCUUCUACCUACACCUAUUCCAAGCCAGCACGGAAGACAAUACCGACGUCUUAUGUGCACCAAAUCCCUGUUAUGGAAGAAUCUGUCAAGACGUAUCAAAAGAACAUUCCAGAGAGCUUAAGGGUGGAGACGACCUACACACGAAACCUGCCAGUCCCUGAGGAAAUCCGGACUACUUUUGCAAAAAGCUUGCCGAUAAAGAAAGAGACGCCAACCACCUUUAAGAAGACUGAGCCGCAACUGCGGCUGUCUUCUUCGACGCUCAACUAUAGCACCCCAUCUUUGAAGAGCACCGGUUCGACCUACAAUUUCACUACGCCGAUUUUGGAGGAAUCACAGCUACAGAGUACGCACUCCCUCCCGGCGCUAUUCCAGACACAGUCGUCAUAUUCCAAAUCUACGCCAUCUCUUAAAAACAUCUCACUCACCCUGCUGAAAUCCACCCCUAGUCUGCUCGAGGUGCAGCACAACUUUGUACACAAUAAGCCACGCCUUCGUCAGCCAGACCGAGUUGUUUUCACAAAGUCCCUACCGGAGAUACACAAACCGGCGAUACCGCCAAGCAUGCGGCACAACACCCCGGUGUUCCGUGAAGAACCACCGGCCAUCUGGCUGUUCAACACCCCGGAGAAGGAAGUACCGGAAACCGUGUUCUUAGAUUUCAAACCUGUGCUAGAAGCACCGUUGAUCACUCAUCUGCACCCGAAACCAAUGUUGACCACGGGUGACGCUGAACAUGUGUUUGAAUUGAAUGAGCCUGUGUUAGACGAGUAGUGAUGGGUGACGUCAGACGUCUAGCUCAAGGAAAUUCUGUUGGAGGAAAGCAAAGACGACAAUAGACAAAAUGGAGAAGGGUAGUAAACUGCAGCACGAAGGGUGGCGGUUGACUAGUGUUGUAAUAGAAAAUAGAAUCUAAGAUAGCUGCUACUUUUGUGUAAUUUCCUAAUGUUUGAUUACGAAAUCUUGUAACCAAAUACCCGUAAGCAUGUACUUGUUUACAAGGUCUGAAAACAUCAUCGGAAUGUCUGUAGAUGUUUACAAAACAUACCUGGUGUGGUCAAUCAUAAACUAAUGUUUGCAAGCCCUAUACAUUUGUAUAACCUUAGGCAGAGAACAAAUGAGGGACUAACGUUGUAGGGGUAGCAGAACAUAUAGUAAUCUGGCAAUAUAGUGAUAACAGGGUGAAAGAAGGCUGCGACUCCCUUUCUGAAAAUUUGUAGGAUAUUUUGCGAACCUCUUGGUAAGGUCGAGGAAAAAAAAAACUUAUGCAUUGCCCAUGAGGUCAUAUCCAAUGUAAACUCGACCAGGCGAUUAUAUUGAAACAAAAAUCAAGCCUAAAUCUAAUUCAUCGUGGAAUACAAUUGUGGUUGCAUUUUAAACAUUUUAUCCAAUUUUUGUGUAUAUCCUUAAUUUGUUGUCGCCAAACAGCGGCAACUUUUAAUUGUACAAAAUGUAUUCUUUGACCAAAACAAUUUUAUCAGGGGUUUGGUGUACAGAUGUAUUCUGUAUGAUGUGUUUACCCAAUUUUUACAAUGAUAUCUGUGUUAGGUAUUGACAUGACUGAUAUUUGAUGUACAUAUUCAACGCUUACGAUCAACUAUUGCCAUCGUCAUUUGUUACAUCACAUUGGUGUUACCUUUUCGUACCAGGAUGAAACGUUCUUUUUUAAGCAACUACUAUAAUCUUCAUAACAAAAUAUGCGACACGUCGCGGAAGCUCAAUCAUCUGUAUCUUUCUUUCGUUCAAUCAUUCCUGACAGACAAUCACCAGCUGUCCUCCUUUCCACCGGACAGCGAUCACUGAGCGACCACACAGUGACUAAAAUUAGAGUUUUUAACCAUGGAACUUCAUAAAUGUAGGAGAUAAUUAAAAAGAUAUAAAACACAUUAACAUAAUAAACAAUUCUUAGUCUAUAUUCAACAAAUGAUCCUUUGCGUGACCUGUAAAAUGUUUGGUCGCUCAGUGGUCGCAGCCACUAUUGGAAAAGGGGACGUUAAACGAUAUAGAUAACUACAGUCGACUCAUGAGGUGUCAUGUCAUAACGCUGCUAUGGUUUAAAGAGAAUAACGUACAAAAAAGUAAUUAAAUUGAUGUUAUGAUUUUAAGAAGAAAAGUUCCUUAGAAUAAAUACAUUGUACAAUGUCUGAUGAUAAGCAAUAACAUAUGCACAAAGGAAGUACAUGUACCUAUUAACACGAUCACUUUCUAUAUAAUUGGAUUAAUGAAAUGUAGCGUAAGAUAUGACGGUUACAAAGUUAAUUUUCAUUUGUGUACAUAUGAAUUGUUAUGCAAACGAAGCAAGUCUGUUUUACAUAUCGACGACGAUUUAUUACUUGUUUGACUUAAGCUUGUUUGCACAAUCUGUCACUGGAGGGAAUAAAUUGAGCCCUUGCCGUGUAAAGUACGGGUACAUGGAUUUAAGUAUUUUGUUUGCACUUUGAAAAUUAUAACAAACUAUUGCACUUUCUAAAGAUGUGAAUUAGAAUACAUUUGUCCGUGUGUUGCACUUCGAAUGUCACACAUUGCCUUUAUGAGAAGUUUGGGUCUGGUGUUGGGAAUACCGAGCUAGCUAUGCAUGUGGCAUACUCCUUGCCGAAAUGUCUUUAUCGAAUUACACUAUAUAAAAGCUUUGUUGUA